UGUACCUGCAGUUGACAACCUUCCAGUCACAGAAAAUUUGAGUCAGCCGCAGAAUUCUAACGCGAGAUAAAUCUAAUAACGCAAAUUGUUGGUGACAUUAUUACCGGAAGUGUACAGUCUUCGAAUUCAAUUUUCGAAGCGAUAAAUUUUCGCCGAAAUAAGUUUCGCGUAACAUUUCGAAUUUUCAACGCGUAAAAACACUUCGUUCCACGGAACACCUUGUAUGUCUCACUGGAAGUGGCCUAUAAUUUUCGCUAAAGGUAUUGAUCAUUCUUGUCGGCACUUUGCUUCAUUAACCGAUCCCGGACAGAAAGAAACCUGCUUCGCUCGAGGAAAGUGUGCGCCGUGGACCGCGAACGAAAACGGGAGCGACGAAAAAUCGGGAAAGGUCGCCGAUUUAUCGGGUAGCCUGAUGUAAUUACACAAACUAUGCCCCGUGUUCCCGCCACCUUUUUAUCUGGCCUCAUGAUGUCGGUUACAGCGUUCGUGUAAAUAAUUUUCUUAUCUCUACUAUCCUUCUAUCCGUGUCUGCCGCGAUCGCGUUGAUCACAAUUUAGAUAUCAGCAGGGAAAUUCCUGCAGAGUCUCUCGAAUACCGUGUAAGGUAACCUGAGUAACGAUAAAUAAUAUCGCGAUACGAGCGGUAUGAAAAAAUUCGCGGAAAAAAUCGUGUUCGGUGUGAAAGAUACUUAACGACCUCAAAAAUUGUGGGAAAGGGGAUACUGAAGUUUAGACUUUAUUUUAUGGAAAUUACUCGUGGAAGAGUGAUGUGAUUGGUUUUCAAAUUUGGGUGAAUGAGAAAUUUUCAAUUGGGAGAGUGAUGAGUUGCUGCGAGUAGAUUUAGCCAUAUGUGUUAAACUCAGCCCAUCUCAAUGACACCGCAACCAACAAAAGUGCAAGUGAAAUGAACUCUCAUUCAAAUGACAGUGAAAGAGACUAAGAACAAACGAAGUGUCCACAUUUGGAAAAUGACGAGCGAUUUUCCGCGAAGAGGACUUCAGCGUGAAGAACAUUAAGCGGAAAAAACGAUGAUGUCCCAAGUGUGAAGCCGAAAAAGAACCUUCUUCAAAAUGGAUCGAGCUGUCCUGUUCGCUCUAUUGAUAUCUCUGACGUGUUUCUGGAGUUGCAGUGGACACCUCAUCGAUGGUAUUUUCACGGAACCGACCUUGGAAAGGGGUUACAAUCUGGUCGCUACAGUUCCGAGAGGUGCUUUGGCUCUGAACGUGACACAAUUACGUCACACGGAAAAUUAUUUGGCAAUAAAGUUACAGGAUGGCAGCUAUUUGUUCAAUGGAAACUAUAGCAUCAGUUUAUCUGGCAAGUACCCAGCAGCUGGGACAACUUUCACCUAUCUUCGACAAAGUAAUCAAAAUUUGGAAAGCUUCUCUGCUAUUGGUCCAUUGCAAGAACCCAUCGAUGUUAUGGUGUUGUAUCAAGAACCAAACCCUGGGAUCGUGUAUCGAUAUAUCAUCCCUGGAAGUGUGAGUGUCCCUCCGAAUCCACAUCUUGGACCUAAAACAGUUUCGGCGAAACCUAGCGAACCCAUUUUACCCUCCAUCCCCCACAAAAAAAUAGAAACUGGCACCAAUAUCAACGAAGCAAGCCAGACAUAUCUUCCAAGGCGUUACAAGAAACGAAAAUUUAGCUGGAAGGCAAGUGGUUUCACGGAAUGUAGCAGAACAUGUGGAGGAGGGUUUCAGAUGCUGAGGUACGUGUGCAUACGAGAGCACACGCAGAAUCAGGUGCCAGAGAAGAGGUGUCAUGGUUUGGAAAAGCCGAGAGAAACGCAAAUUAGAUGCAACACGAUGCCCUGCCCACCCAAGUGGAGACCUGGUCCUUGGGGCGAGUGCUCCGUCACAUGUGGCAGCGGAACUCGCACUAGGGAGUUAGAGUGUGUACAGGAAAUAAAGCCGUCGUUGAUAAUGAGAAUAGCGGAUGGAGCUUGCGUAGAGCCGAAAAUUCUUCCCACGAACGAAGUUUGCGAAAUUGCGUGUGAAUUUGAACCGAAAACGUCGACCACGUUAGCGCCCCCACAGUGGAGUGUGGGGACAUGGUCCCCGUGUUCAGCAACUUGUGGUCCAGGUAAAAGAACAAGAACCGCAACUUGCAUCACACAAGGACCUCCCUGUGAUUUCGAAGAGAAGCCUACUACUCAGGAGGCUUGCGAUUUGGGACCCUGUGCCAUCAAACCACAACAGACGAACGCCAUUUUAACGAGACUUCAGAAUCCGCAAUGGUUGUACACUGAAUGGUCAGAAGGGUGUUCAGCUGAAUGCGGAAUCGGUGUACAAACGAGGAAGGUUUUCUGCGAGAAGGGACUAGACGAUGAAUUUUGUGAGGAAUCCACUCGACCUGAGACUUCGAGGACUUGUUCGAGUAACAGGACUUGCAGUGGACAGUGGUUUGCGGGUCCUUGGUCUGAGUGUUCUGCAGAGUGCGAUUUAGGAGAACAGGUCAGAGAAGCAGUGUGCGUAACAACCCUCCGCGGCGCCCUACGGGUGGUUUUAGACAUGAAUUGCCCUGCGAGCAAGCCUGAAACGAGAAGAGCUUGCACGGGCCCACCCUGCACGUCCAUGUGGUUCAUAUCGGACUGGACAGAAUGUUCGCGAUCGUGUGGAAAAGGAAUUCAGAAGAGAGAGGUAAAGUGUUUGAACAAAGAUGGCGAAAUGCCCGAACACCAUGAACUCCAUUGCAAGGAGAAGGAUCGACCGAUAUCUCGAAGGAGUUGCAACGAUUAUCCUUGCAGGGAGGAUGUGCACAGCGUCGAGAGUCAUCAUAGGGUCCUGCAAGUUCAGAACGAUCCAGAAAUCUCAAAUGGACUUGAGGAAAAUCCACUUUGCAAGGACACUAUAUCGAACUGCAAUUUAGUCCUGCAAGCUCGUCUCUGUAUCUAUCAGUUUUACCAACAGCUGUGCUGCCUUUCGUGUUCCAGAGCUAAGCAAGAAUUAGAAUGACAAUCUAACAUGACCAGACAAACGUAUUUUUAAUGUAAAUGUAACUUUGCUGAACGAUUAAGAAAGUAUUUUCAUUCUGAGGGGUCUUUAGCUACAUUAUAAAGUACUAAUUAAUUCACCUGGGAAUUCUUUCCAUACAUGUUAACUUCGUGCAAUUAUAUUUUAUUCUAGCUAAGUUAUUAAAGUAGUAAUUGAUAAAGUAAAAAAUAUCGACUUCUUAAAUUGUACUUCACUAGUUUUAUGGCCCCUUCAAAUGGGAGUAUCUUUCUUAUCUCGAAUCGUUGAAGGUAACAAUAUUAUACGUGUCGCUGUAGAUUUACUUACCCUGCACUGCCUGAUAUAGAUUUUAACGAUUUUUUUUGUACAUGAAAAGGUACUUACUGAAGAAUGGUACUUAUAAAAAAACAUAGAAGAGUGAUUUUUGUAAAUUGUAAAGUAAAAAUUGAAGGAUAUCUGAAAGCAAUUUCUCUGGGAAUAUAGGGUUUGUAACCCUAAUUAUAAUUACUGAAACAUUUUUGUACGAUAAAAUUUGACGAUACAUCGUCGACGAGAAAUUAUAGACUGAUCGUGUAAAUUGUAAUAAGGCAACAUUGGCAUUUAAUUUGUAUUAUUUUUCGUUACACGUAUUUGCCGUAAUAAACUUUAUGCUUUCUA